AUACAGAGGAAACUGGCUUAUCAGUUUCCUCUUUGGUUUGUAAAGCCUGUUUUGGGACCUGUAGCCUGGAGAUUUCUAAGAGAUUUGGGAGGGAUGAAAUCUCCAAUCCUGGGCCCAUGUUUUGAGAGCAGCCAGCAAGAUGAUUGCACAGGUGUGUGCAGGCCUUUUUGUGGAGGCCAGGUUCAUGAUUCUGGGCUCCACCCCGGCAGACGGGAGGUCUCUGCCUUGGAGUCAGGUGAGGUCUCUGCCUUGGAGUCAGGUGAGGUCUCUGCCGUGGAGUCAGGUGAAAGCCAGACUAGCUGUGUGCUAGAG